UUUUUUUCUGAUUAUUAAUCAUUAUUUAGCUUUUCUGUUAUUCAUUCUUGAUUAUCUCCCUGCUGGAUAAUUAAUUCAUUUUAUACUCUCUGCUUUCCUAUUUUCUAUUAUCCUUUAUUUAUUUUCAUUUAAUCCAUUUUUAUUUUACUUAUUACUUUCUCCUUCAUGUGUCCAUUAUGUAAUUACUUGCUUAUGAUUUUUCUCAUUUUCAUUUCUUCAAUUAUAUUUAAAUAAUCAAUUAGGAAAAACAAUAAAAACCAAAAAAGGUAAAAACACCUAGCUAACCAAAAAGAAACAACAUGCAUGCCGAGCAAGAAGGACCUAAAAGAAAUUAUUUCCAAGCUAUUAUAUUUAAUUUGAUUAUUUAAUUCUUCUCGCAAUUAGUUUCUGGAAAAUAAAAAGUUAGAUUGUUACACCCUGGCUAUCCACACCAUCCAAAGGUUGGAGAAGACAUGGUGUAUGAUGGUUUCUACACGGAAGAUAUCGAAGGAGAGUAUCGCUAGGUUAGUGUCACCCUAGUCGGUUGCAUGUGGCCUGUGAACAUAACUGAAGGGUUAUGAAGGCUUUCCUGCUGCGUUGAACUCUAUAAAUUAAGCCUGCGUGGCAUGCUACUCAUACUUAACAAAGUCUUGCUGUGAACUAUUGGUUUUUAUUGACUAAUUAAGCUUCCGUAUAAUGUGUGAUGGGAUUGUUGUAAAAACUUUGAGCACUCACAUAUUGAUCUAGGGACUAGUACACAAAUGACAUAAGGUCUAUAGUAGACAUUAGGAUCCGACAGCUACUUCAUCUCUGACCCCUAAAUUGUCAGAACCGCUAUACACAGUGUGCCAGAUUUUACCUUUAGAUAAUGUGCUUUAACCACCUAAACCCAUGUGCACCCCGAGUUCCUCUAAUACUCAAACCCGAGGCAGGUGAAGUGUUGUCACCCACGUCCCACCACGACCUCAAACCCGAGUCUUACUGAUAACACUUAGGAGCUCAUGCCACAUAGGCUGAGACCCGUUCGCUCCCAAAGAACAUGAUUGAAGCAAGUGGAAGAGAGAGGAGUGGACAAGUCCAAGGUGAAUGGACACGUGUUGAUAUGUGGUUGGCUCAGGUGGGAUGGGUGGUGGAAAUGAAUUUUAGAUGCAAACUUAAAACACCAUUAUCUGUUAAAUCAUAAGUUCAUUUUUGAAUCCAUUUGAACCACCAUGUUAUUUAGAGUUAAUAUAUAAGAAAUGAGAUCCAAUAUUGAUAUAUUUUUUUAUUUUUUAAAUUCAAUAUUUUCAAUGUACUAUUUUAACAUUUUGAGUGUACUGUUCCAACAUUUCCUAUAAAAUAUUGAACCACUUUUCCCAAAAUAUUGAAGUAGAUUAUGCAAAAUGUUGAGCUAGGUUAUUCAAAAUGUUGAAUGCGUAUUAGAAGAUCAAAACCAUAAAUCUAGUGAAUUGAGAAUUAAUUAUGACAAUUACGAAUUGGAUCCUCUGACUUCACCCAGCCUUGCAGACCGUUAGAGUGUAGAUGAGUGAAUCCAGAACCCCGCUCGCAUCGAUCCCCUAGCUCCAAGGCUAUUCCCUUCUCUCGUUGGCGUCCUCGUACCCCGGCGGCUGACUGGUGUGUAGCGUAGAUCCAUCCCUGGACCCGGAUCGUUUUUUCUUUCUUGUUGGUAAGAAACCCUAGCUUGGUUGAGUGUUGUUCUUUCAGUUCCGCGGAAUCUCUUUAUCUGCCUCCAUCCCUCCAAUCGGAAUCUUGCGUGUUCUCCGAUCCAAUCCGGUUUAUUGAGGAUUUGUUUGCUGCGUGGGUGGAGUUGGAAUAGUUGUUUAUUUUUUCCAAAAAAUUGGGGGGUUUUACUUAAUCCUGGUGCCCCGCGAUAGGUCUGCCCCUGAAUUCAUCUAUGCAUUCCAUUAAUAAUUUUUCAAAUUUAUACAGUCUGAUGAUCUCCUAAGUAUGGGUGUACAGUGCACUGAACGAAAAUAAAAUUUAGGAACCGAAAUCUGACUUCUGAAUUGAUCUUUCUUUCUCUGUGGUCCAAUGAACCACGCUCGCUGUGAUUGAAGAGGGAGGAGCAAGAAGUUAACCUGAGAUGAAUGCCCCGGAUCGCUAUGAGCGCUUUGUCGGAAGUGAGGUGUCGUAUGAGCGGGAUACAAAGAUUGUGAAUGCUGCAUCGUUCACCAUCGAGCGUGAGGACCACACCAUUGGCAACAUCCUUCGCAUGCAGCUACACAGGGACCCAAAUGUGCUCUUUGCUGGCUAUAAGCUCCCUCACCCUCUUCAGUACAAGAUUAUUGUUAGGAUCCAUACUACAAGCCAGUCCUCCCCGACACAGGCCUACACCCAGGCAAUCAAUGAUGUUGACAAGGAGCUUGAGUACCUCAAGCAAGCUUUUGAGGUCUGUUUCUGAUAUGCUCACUCGAGCUCUUAAUUACUUUUCGAGUUUUCGUGUAAUGCACCGUUGUGUCAUGGAAUAGUAAGGGGGGAAUGAAAAGAAACAGUUUAACUUGAUUCUACUGUAUAAAACAAAGUGCCUUCUGCUUCUGUUGCUAUUACAUUUCAUGGGAAGUUCUUUGAUACACU